AUGCGUCUCAUCCAAGCCUUCCUCUACCUCGCCCUCCUCGUCGCAGCUCCCAUCUUCGCAGCUCCAGCAAAAGGCAAACCAGCCGUCAACACCGCCCCUUUAACGCAUAACCAGACAACCGUAACCUGCAAGCCCACCAAAAACCUCUCCACCACAAAAACCUUCAAAGUAAACAUCGCGCGCGCCAAAGAGCAAAUGCAAAAAGCCGGCCUCAACACCGGUACAUCCGGCGACCCGCACGUCUACGGGAACGUGGACAAGUUGCACUGGGGCGUGGGCGCGUGCGACAAGCCCUCUGCGCAUCUGCUCGAGUAUCCUAUUUACUGGGACGGGGAGAAGGUGGAGUGGAAGAAGAAUGAGUAUACGCUGAUGCAGGGGAAGACGCCGAUAAGGGUUGUUUAUGCGAAUGCGAAUGGGGUGCCUGUUUAUUGUGGGGUUAUGACGCAUUCGAAGGUGACGGAUGAGCAUAAGGGGGAGGAGUUUUUUGUUAAGUGUGAGUGA